AAAUCUAAUUUGGCCCUUCUAUUUCUUCUCGCACUACUAUUCUUCAACCUUUAUUACAUGUGCAUACCAUAAAUCUCUCUACAUCAAGAUAAUUAGUAGCAAGAAAUUAACAUCAACAAGAAGAAAAGAGAGAGAGAGAGAGAGGGGAUAAGAGAGGUGUGUAGUGGUACUACUUAUUUUCAAGUAUUGGAGGCUUUUUUUUUUUUGUGAAGGAUGACUAGCAUAAUGGGAGCAGAACCUGAAAAGUAUAGCAUGAUUAACUUCGAAGAGACUGAAUUACGUCUAGGGUUACCUGGAGGAAUUGGUAACGGAAAUGAUGGUGAGGUUGCAAAGAGUAAUGGGAAGAGAGGGUUUUCUGAGACUGUUGAUUUGAAGCUUAACCUUUCUACAAAGGAAUCAGGAAAGGGAGGCGACGAGGAGAAAGUAAUGAAGGAGAAGACCGUUGCUCCUCCGGCCUCUACUGAUCCUGCAAAGCCACCGGCCAAGGCACAAGUUGUGGGUUGGCCACCCAUUAGAUCAUUCCGUAAGAAUGUCAUGGCUGUACAGAAGAACAGCAAUGACAACGGUGAAAAAUCCGGUAGCAGUGGCACCGGUGUGGCUUUUGUUAAGGUUAGCAUGGAUGGUGCUCCGUAUUUACGAAAAGUGGACUUGAAAUUAUACAAGAGCUACCAAGAACUCUCUGACGCUCUAGGCAAAAUGUUCAGCUCCUUCACCAUUGGUAACUGUGGCUCACAAGGAAUGAAAGAUUUCAUGAAUGAAAGCAAAUUGAUAGAUCUUUUGAAUGGUUCCGAUUAUGUGCCAACUUAUGAAGACAAGGAUGGAGAUUGGAUGCUUGUAGGAGAUGUUCCAUGGGAAAUGUUUGUGGAUUCAUGCAAGCGCUUGAGGAUUAUGAAAGGGUCUGAGGCUAUUGGACUUGCCCCGAGAGCCGUAGAGAAGUGCAAGAACAGAAUUUGAAGUGCUUUUUUCCCAGUCAAUUUGGUCAGCUGAUCCAAUCGUCCACAGAGAAAAGGAACGACAGGCUAAAAAGGGAUUUGAGCUUUGAAGUUUGGAUGUCUAUGUACCAUGUUUUGUUUUGUUUUUUUUUUUUUUAGUUUUUUCUUUUUCACAUACAUAGUAAGUCUCAAGUAUAUGAGGAAAUAUAUUUGAAGGGAUUUGUUAACUAGCUAGCUAGGAGCAUGAAGUAAUAAUAGAAGAAGAUGUUUAUAAAACUUCUUUUGUUAUGUUUGAUCAUGUGUAAUGUUUAUUAUCAGAAUGGCUUGCUUAAUAAUGUCCUUAAUUAUUGUU